UAAACUACCCUAACGCACGUUCAUUACACUGUGUCACACACUCACUCUUCUCUCUCUCUCUCUCCGAUGGAGAACCAAGCAAAGCGAAGCAAACAAUCAUCGAGUACUUCUCGACGAAGCUUGAAGAGAAAGCUUGAUGAAGAUUUCGAAGACGAUAAUCGCAAAAUCUCUUCUUCUCCAAUUUCUCGAGACGAUGAUGAUAAUCAUCAAGAUCUCGUUCCUGAGAUUCGUACACAGGUUGAGAUUCUAGAAUCUACUUUCUCAUCAAUUGAAGCAGAUCGUGCCUCUGCGAAACGUGCUAUUCAUGUUCUAUCUGAGCUUGCUAAGAACGAGGAAACUGUGAACGUGGUUGUAGAUUGUGGUGCUGUUCCAGCUUUGGUGAAGCAUCUUCAAGAGCCGUCCCUUGUGAGUGAAGGAGAUGGUGGACAGAUGCUGUAUGAGCAUGAGGUCGAGAAAGGAAGUGCUUUUACGCUUGGGCUUCUUGCAAUAAAACCGGAGCACCAGCAACUCAUUGUUGAUGCUGGAGCUCUGCCUCAUCUUGUGGGUCUGCUGAAGAGGCAUAAGAAUGGACAAAACUCUCGUGCGGUCAAUGGCGUUAUCCGGAGAGCAGCUGAUGCAAUCACUAAUCUUGCUCAUGAAAAUAGCAGCAUCAAAACUCGUGUUAGGAUUGAAGGUGGUAUUCCUCCUCUUGUUGAAUUGCUGGAGUUCGCUGAUGCAAAGGUGCAAAGAGCAGCUGCAGGAGCCUUGCGAACUUUGGCAUUUAAAAAUGAUGAGAACAAAAAUCAGAUUGUUGAAUGCAAUGCACUACCUACUCUUAUUCUAAUGCUGCGGUCUGAAGAUACUGCAAUACACUAUGAAGCGGUUGGAGUCAUUGGAAAUCUGGUGCACUCGUCACCAAAUAUCAAAAAGGAAGUUCUUCUUGCUGGAGCUUUACAACCUGUCAUUGGGUUACUUAGUUCCUCCUGUUCGGAAAGCCAAAGGGAAGCUGCCUUAUUGCUUGGACAAUUUGCAGCAACCGACUCAGACUGUAAGAUUCACAUUGUGCAAAGAGGUGCUGUACCACCACUAAUUGAGAUGCUCGAAUCCCCAGAUGCUCAACUUAGGGAAAUGGCAGCCUUUGCCCUUGGAAGGUUGGCACAGGACACGCACAAUCAGGCUGGUAUUGCUCAUUGCGGUGGAAUAGUCCCAUUACUGAAGCUUCUCGAUUCAAAAAAUGGAUCGCUGCAACAUAAUGCUGCAUUUGCUCUUUAUGGGCUUGCUGAUAACGAGGAUAAUGUUACAGAUCUUGUAAAGGUCGGAGGUGUUCAAAAGCUUCAGGAUGGAGAAUUUAUUGUCCAACCAACUAGAGAUUGUGUAGCGAAGACAUUGAAAAGAUUAGAAGAGAAGAUUCAUGGACGAGUAUUGGGCCAUUUAUUGUAUUUGAUGCGUGUUGGGGAAAAGGUUAUUCAAAGACGAGUCGCUCUGGUGCUUGCCCAUCUUUGUUCACCAGAUGACCAAAAGAUAAUAUUUAUUGAUAAUGGUGGAUUAGAAUUGCUUUUAGAGCUUCUAGAAUCAACUAACUUGAAGCACGAAAGAGAUGGUUCUGUAGCUUUAUGCAAGUUGGCUAACAAAGCCAGCUCUCUUUCACCAGUCGAUGCAGCUCCUCCAUCUCCGACACCUCAGGUCUAUCUGGGUGAGCAGUAUGUAAAUAAUUCUACGCUAUCUGAUGUCACAUUUUUAGUUGAAGGCAAGCGGUUCUAUGCCCACAGAAUCUGUUUACUUGCUUCUUCUGAUGCAUUUCGAGCAAUGUUUGAUGGUGGCUACAGGGAAAGAGACGCGAAAGACAUAGAGAUUCCCAAUAUUCCAUGGAAUGUUUUUGAGUUGAUGAUGAGGUACAUAUACACAGGAUCCGUUGAUGUUAAUAUGGAUGUUGCACAGGAUCUUCUAAGGGCUGCUGAUCAAUAUCUUCUAGAGGGCCUUAAGCGCCUGUGCGAGUAUGCAAUUGCACAGGAUAUCUCUGUGGAAAAUGUCUCUCUGAUGUUUGAGUUGUCGGAGGCAUUCAAUGCAUUGUCAUUACGAAAUGCUUGCAUUCUCUUUAUUUUGGAGAAGUUCGACAAAUUAUGUGCCAUGCCAUGGUAUUCACACUUGAUUCAACGCAUGUUACCCGAGACACGUGCGUACUUUGAAAGGGCGCUGACCAGGCCAAUUCAAGCUGACCUCUGAUGUAGAUUUAGGUUCAUUUUUAUUCUUUGAUUAAAUGUAAAACAUCAGGUAAAAUGUACAGGAAGUGGGUGUUAUUGCACUCGCCUCUAAUUUCAAGAGUUAAAUGUAAUCCCUCAUCGAGUGCAAUUCCAGAUUUGUUAUGACGUUUAACGUAGCUUAUUAAGUUCAGUUGGAACACCAGCCAUGUGGUUCCUAAAUCUCUUCCACAGAAGCUACAAAUAGCAUUGCCUGAUUUAUGUAGAUUUCAAUUCUCCACAAUAUUAUUGGGAUCUCAUCGAUGCCUUGUCCCA